GGUUCGAGGCUCGAUUCAUUUAUUCAAUUGUAAAAUAAAUCUUAUAUGCUACACUGCUACAGAGACUCUCUGGUGUUUUUUUGUAAAAUGCACGCGUUAUUACUGCUUUGAUAAGAGUUGCCAAACUUAUAUUGAUGGCAGACGCUUUAAGUGCAACCAGUUUACAUUGGAGCACUGUUGCAAGCAGAGGAACCCAAGAAAGUGACCACGACCGCCCUGUCCAAGAAACUGUAUCACAACAACAACAACAAAGGGUUUCUGUUGCUUCAUCGAAUGCAAAUGAAAGAGACUCCCAAAUUUGCAUUGUCCAAGAAAACACACAACAUCAACAACGUGUGUCGGUUGUUUCACAGGCAACUACAAAUCAAAGCGAGUCUCAGUAUGUAGAGUUUAAUGCACCACCGUCACAUUUGGUUCUACAAUGGCAGCGUCGAAGAAGAAACAAGAUUUUGAAGAAACGACUCGGUGUUGGUGUAAUAACUCUCGGUCUAGUUACAUUUUGCGCUUCCGUGCUGGUUCUUAUUUUACCAAACUGGCCAGUAGGUUCGGGAUUGUUUGGUUUUUCGUGUUUACUGCUGGUAGCAGGAUUCGGGCUUAAAUUUGAAAGAGCAAGCUCCCUAGACGACGCAAUACAACGAUAUGUUUUACGAGAGCGUCGAUUAUUAACCACUAUUUCCGGGUCCACUGGACCACCUCGUCCCAAUGACGUCAUAGACCCUCUUACCAAUGACGUCAUAGGUCCUCGCACCAAUGUUGUCAUAGGCCCUCGCACCAGUGACGUCAUGAGAGAAGGGGGAUUUUCCGACAGCCCACCGUCGUAUCUAAACGUUAUUAUCAACCCCGACCUUUCCACUCCGCGUGUUUAUGACGACACAGAUGGUACAGGAGAGUGUAUCGAAAAGGGGGAACUACCAACUUAUAAAGAAGCAAUAAAACUUGAGCCGGAUAAGGAUGCCAGGGAAAAUGCAUGAACAACAAAGUUCAUAUAUGUGCGUCUUCUGAUAAUACAUAUACAUAUAUUAUGACUACUUUUCAUUAUAUAGAACAAAAGAAGAAUACUAAAACCUCAUCUAUUUGCAUUUUGAUGUGUGGUUUUUCUAAACGCGCUGUGCCGCUAAAAUAACCCAAAACAAAACGACUGUCCGCAGAGCGGCGCUAGGGGGCAAUGUCGCAAAUAAAUCGAAAAGCAAACAUUCAACCACCUAAGAGUAAAGCUACAGUAUCUUCUCUCUAUAUUAUUUUCUUUCACCGAACAAAUUUAGAAUAACUGACACAGGUUAACAUUUGAUUUGCAUUGUAGGGUGGGGAAUAUGGGACAACUUUUUUUUUCCAUUUUUUCGUCACAUUUGG